UAUCCUAUACAUUCAUACGUUAUGAAUUGAAAAUUGCCAAAGCUGGGAUCAUUAUUCUUUUUUUUGCUUUAUCUGUCACUGUUAUAACAUGAUGUUUGUAACAUAAUGUAAAGGAAUGUAUGGGUGAUCCUAAUAAGAAUCGUUAACAACAAUUUUUAAUUUGGUUCAAAUGUGUCAAGAUUGCGCAGUGACGUUUGUUUUGGUUAUUGUACAAUGACGGGUUCGACAAGACAAGCACGUGCUUGUAAUAGUCGUUUCCAGUUUGUACCGUUCGGAGGUGGUUUGGUGCGCGACCGCGGCCGGAGCCGCUCCUGAACGAGUUCGGGCGCUUCUCGACUAUCAGGUGCUACUUGAUACUCGUUCUUCUAACUGGACCCCUGUCAGCUGUUUCGUUGUUGUCAUAGGUAUAUUGUUCGCAACUCGGGGUGUAGGUAUCGUCUAGGAAUAUUAAGGGCACUACUUACAUUUAAGACAAUCAACUAAAGGCUUACAAUGAUCAAGUGUCAUAUAAAGAAUUUUUUAAGUCGUUGAGCAAGGGAGAAAUAUAAAGUUUCACAAUGAUAUAAGAUUUACAAGCAAGACAAUUUAUGAAUGUCGUACGAGCACGUCAUGAAGCGUAUAUCGGGAUCGUCUCGUGUGGAGCGGGGCGGUCCCUGGCGGUCCCCGGCCGUCCACGGCGAGGCCGCAACAUGGCGUCGCCGCAGGCCAGCCCGCGCGCUGGCUCUCCCGCCUCCGCACCGCGCUCCCCCGCGCCCGCGCAUGCCGUACUCGCAACCAUGACCCCUGUGCAGCCGGCACACGACUACUACCCGCACAAGGUCGAGAUGGACUCCGACGACGGCUACCCGCCCGAAGCGCACUCUUACCGCCACUCGCCGCACGAGCUCGCCGCGUAUGCGCCCGACAACAAGGUGCAGGUCCAGCCGGACGUUUACGACCAGGGCAUGGAUUCCAUCGACGAGAAGACCCCAAUCGAUCUCAUCUACGAGGAUGACAAGCAGACUGUUAUAUAUACAACGACGCCGGAUCAGAAACGAGUGGAGAUGAUCAGCGGGCAGCUGGAGGACGGGCAGCUGGUCGGCGGCGGAGGGCAGCUCGUUGAUGGCGGCGUGUCCGUGGUGGUCGGCGCGCCCGGUCAGGGCACCGUGCUCGUGCUAGCCGAUCACGUCGUUGACGAAUUGGGACAAGUUAUCACAAUACCCAGAAGACGCAAGGAGGUGAUGGAGGUGAGCGGCGAGUCGUGGCGCACGUACUACGCGGGCGGCGAGCCGGCGCUGGCCGCGGCGGCGCUGGGCGUCGCUGAGGACGCGCACGGGCACGGCCAACCCCAGCCGCUCGUCGCAGAGUACUACAAGCUGCCGCCACUCGCGCAGGACGCACACCUGAACUUACACAAAGAUGUUAAAAUUGACGUCUGGCCGGCCGGCGGCGCGCUGAAGGCGGCCAAUGGCGCGCACGGGGCGGAGCUGGGCGAGCUGUCGGUGCUGCUGCACGCGGGGAGCGUGAAGCGCGAGCCCGAGGACCUCAGCCGCAAGGUGGUCGACGAGCCCGAGCCGCACGCGCUCAAGCCGCCGCGACACAAGGUGGCGGUCGGCGAGCCCGGGGAAGCGGGGUCGCCGUCGCCGGUGCCAUCGCGCGCCUCCUCGGCGGGCUCAUUGCUGCCGGACGCGGCGAUGUAUGCGGCGCAGAUGUUCGCGCCGCCCGGCACCCCUAGCCCUACCCCAUACGGGGAUCAGUAUUCUCGUCAGCCAGCCACCUUCGCCGGAGAGCCUUACUACCGAGAGUACUUUGUGGGCGAUGGAUACCAGCAAAGAAGCGCGCCUCCCUACGCCGACGCGGAGCCGGCUCCGGCGUCGACGUUCGGCGAGCGGUACGCCGCGCCCCGGUACCACAGCAAAAGCGUGAUCGCAGCGGCUGGGCUCACCGUGGACCUGCCGUCGCCGGACAGUGGCAUCGGCGCGGAUGCGGUGACACCGCGAGACCACACCGCCGUGCAGCAGUCUUUCGAGUACACGGUGAUCUGCCAGCAGCCGGGCGUGGGCGAGGACGGCCGCGGUACCCCUUCCGCGCACCACUCCCCCGCGCAGCCCCCCCGUACGCGCCCCUGGCACGACUUUGGUCGACAAAAUGAUGCAGACAAGAUACAAAUCGCCAAACUGUUUUCGCCGUACGGGUUCAAAUACCACCUCGAGACAGCUAGCAGUAGCUCCCAGCGGCGAGAAGAUGACCGUAUUACCUACAUUAACAAAGGCCAGUUCUACGGCAUCACGCUCGAGUACGUCCACGACCCAGACAAGCCUCUUAAAAACCAAACGGUUAAGAGCGUGGUUAUGCUGAUGUUCAGAGAGGAAAAAUCCCCCGAAGACGAGAUUAAAGCGUGGCAGUUCUGGCACGGCAGGCAGCAUUCAGUGAAACAAAGAAUACUUGACGCCGACACUAAGAACAGCAUCGGCCUUGCCGGCUGCAUUGAGGAGGUGGCACACAACGCCAUCGCCGUCUACUGGAACCCACUUGAAAGCGCUGCCAAGAUCAACAUUGCAGUGCAGUGUCUAAGUACGGACUUCAGCAGUCAAAAGGGCGUAAAGGGCCUUCCACUUCACAUUCAAAUCGACACCUUUGAAGAUCCGAGAGACACGCAAGUUUACCACAGAGGAUAUUGCCAGAUAAAAGUGUUUUGCGAUAAGGGCGCCGAAAGAAAAACGAGAGACGAGGAGAGAAGAGCAGCGAAAAGAAAAUUGUCGGCCACAAACAGAAAGAAGCUCGAUGAAAUAUAUCACCCGGUGACAGAACGUAGCGAGUUCUAUUCGAUGGCGGACCUCUCGAAACCUCCAGUGCUGUUCAGUCCGGCAGAAGAUAUUGAUAAGUUAGCCGGAAUGGAUAUUCAAGGUUUCUACGGUCACGACGAAGCAGCUCUAGCGGAGGCCCACCUUAAAGGAGCGUCGCCUUUCCUUCUCCAUGCAGCGAAGCCGCAAGUUCCAGCUUUGAAAUUCCACAAUCACUUCCCGCCCGACGCCCCUGCUUAUCGAUCAGAUGUGGGCGGAUUGUCACCAUACAGCGACCGCAAAGACUCGCUAGAACUGGAGGGCGUGCUGGGUAAGCGCGCACGCACCGGCACGCCGCCACUCAGCGAGCGCGUUAUGCUGUACGUGCGCCAGGACACCGACGACGUAUAUACGCCGCUGCACGUCGCGCCGCCCACCACGCAGGGCCUCCUGCACGCCAUUGAGAAUAAGUACAAAAUUUCAAGUUCGGCAAUAAAUAAUCUUUAUCGAAAGAACAAGAAAGGGAUUACGGCCAAAAUUGACGACGAGAUGCUGGCAUACUACUGCAAUGAGGACCUGUUCCUGCUGGAAGUCCGGCCGGCGGGUGCCAGCGAGGACGAGCCCCUGUACGACAUCACGUUCGUAGAGCUGCCGCUCGACCACUAGCGCCGCGCCCGCGCCCACUGGCGCCCGCCGCGCUGCGCCCGACGCCCGCCCACACUCGCGCCGCACCCUCGCCUGACGCUCCCGGACGGAUCCUCUCGUCGCUUGCUCAAUGCGCUCUCUACUAAUGUUACAUGUAUACGUGAAAUGUUUAAUUUUUAUGGUCAUCUGUGGCGGAUUAUGCGAAGGGUCGUCUUAACAUUCCCAUUAACACUCAUAAUUUAUAUGAUAAGGUCUCAAAAAUUGUCGAUCUCAGAUUGAAAUUUACUAUUAAGUGUUUCAUUCACCAUACUUUGUCUUAAAUACAAACCGAAUGUCACAAAUUGUAGUCGGUCGUCGUUAGAAAGACGGGCGCUAGAGGGACCGACUUGUAAAUACAUACAUAUUUUAGUACCUUAUGAAAUUACAACACAUAGUGCGACAAAUUGGCGAUAGCAAGUAACAUUUUGAUGAGUCAGAACUAAAGUGACGUGUGACAGUUGUAAUGAUAUUGUUUAAUACAUAUGUAUGUUACAUGUUAAUGAGAAAUGAUCUGCUGCGUAGAGGAAUUGUAACGUGCGUGCCAUUCACUCGGUUAUCAUUCUAGAUUGUAGUUAAUGUUUCAACAGGUACCUUUUAAUCUUGCCAUGGUGAUAAAGUAAGAAAUUCUUGUCACAAACAUUUUAUAACAUGUAGAUAGUUCGUUCAUCUACAGUCGAUAAGGAAUAUAAUGUGCCUUUGACGUAAAAAUAAUGUUAUUUUUUAUUAUAAGUGAGUUAAGUCAAAUUAAAUGCCAUCCACUUUGUUAAGUUUUAUAAAUAAGUUUGCUUUUAUAAGCUCGCUCAAUACAAUCAUUUAGUAAAGUUGAUAUUAGUUUUAAGUUCAAAAAUGUUCAGAAAUUCCGUUCUUAAAGCCAUUAAAAUAUGUAAUUUGGAUUAUUUUUUUACAAUAUCAACUUGCCAAGAUUUAUGGCAGUCGAUAAACGGAAGCAAUAAAAUUUAAUUUUUAAUUUAUGGACGAGAUAGAGGCCCGACAGUCACGCCGUGUUGGCCCCGACACAUUUGUUUUAAUAGUCAAAACAGUCACAAAGUUUAAUAUGCAACAAUAACAUAAUAAUUGUGGGGAGUGGUAUGUGUACGAUUUUAGAUUUUAUUAAAUAGUUUUUUUAUUAUUUUAAUAUUUUCGUUUUCAUUACGUUAGUAAUCGAGCCAUGAGGACACUUAAGCAUCAAGUAAGAACCUGACUUGCAUUUUCGUUGUGACUUAUUCUUUAGAAAUUAAUGUUUAAUGUUUUAGAACUAAUAUUGCAUCAUUUUCAUACAUAUCCGUGAAUGUAAACUGAACCUAUUGAUCAGUAACGGAAAAUAUUUUUCAAAUUAUUCUAUUAUUCUAAGCGUGUUUUUCCACCGAUUUAUUCGAAAUUCAGAACCAGGUUCUGUUUUCACAAAGGGAUUGGUCGCAGACAAAGUCGCCCAAGAUGUUGUUAGAAGUGCCUAGUGCGGACGGUUCGAUUAACUGCCAUAUUAUGACAUAAACUAGAUUACUUACCUUAGUUAUAGAGUUUAAGUAUAGUUUGUUACAUUAUGAUCAAUUUCUCAAUCGAGUAUAUUAUAAUCAAAUCUAAGAUAAUGCUAUUGAUACUUCUCAUUAUAAUAUGUAUUAUUGUUUUUUAUAUGUUGAGCUGCAAUUGCGCCGCGUUCGGUUUUAUGCGCGCAAACAAAUUGUUAUCUUCCAAGCAACUUAUAUUUUACACACUCGUUAAUAUAUCUUCACUAUUUUUAAGUAAAUUGAAAUCUCUCUAUAUGAAAUAUAAUUGUUUUACUUUAACGCAUCUCAUUGCUCAAAGUCUGCAUUUACGUUUCUCGUGCGAGGCGGACUCUAACAUUGUUUUAUAUUUUACCUACUUAUACGUAUCGAUGUAAUGAUAUUUAUUUAUAUGUACUUAUGAUAUAAAUUGUGCAGCUUUAAUGUUUACUUACAAUGGUUUUAGAUCGUGAUUUUGAAUCUCGUCAUAAGUCACAAACGUCAGUAGCAAUAGCGUAGAGCCGCGUAGGAGUUGCGUAGCGAGCGCGUCCGCGAGGUGUCGUCGGCAGGCGGCGCUCGGCUGUGUUGUGCAAUGUUUAAACAGAGUUUAGUGUAGAAAAAGCUCGCGCCUUGACGGCCGAGUGGAAGAGGAUGGAGAGAUUGGGGUAUAGUGGAGUGGCAGCGCGCUCUGCCGGCGCGGCGCGGACUCGCCCAGCAGA